CUCUUGGCAGAGUGAGAGUGCCAUAUAUAUAGAGAGAAGGGGAAACUCGACUCGGCACUCCAAAGCACACAGCCUCCGUGAUUGCAGUGUUUCGUAUCCCUUUAAAAGUCUCUCCUCUUUUCUCUUUUCCGAAAAACAACACGUCUUUUUUUCCGGUCGGUUUACCACGAACGAAGGAACGAAGCGAUCUUCCAACACCAUGAAACUUACGCUCUUCACAUUAUUAGCUUUGUGCCUAAUAGCUGUCUGCAGGUCAGCCGAUGAGGAAUACGAUUACGAAGAAGAGCCAGUGGCUGCUGUGACUCCAGCCCCAAGCAAACCGGCAGGUGGCAGAUUAGGAGGACUUUUAUCCUCGAGAGGACGAGUCAACGUUGGUGGAAGAAAAGCAACGCCAACUCAGUCUACAACCGCUAAACCAGUCGAGCCACAACCAUUGGAAGAGGAAGAAGAGGGUGAGGAACCGCUCGAAGAGAUUCACGAACAAGAGGAAAUCGUCACUACGACGACCGAAUCUUUAAAAAAGGUUCGAGGCGGUGUCAGACCAUUUAGAUCAAACGAGGAUCUUAUAGCCGCGUUGAAGAGGCGACGUGCUCAGACUGGACCAAGUAGUCAUACUCGGGAAACCUCAGGGACACAGGCCCAAACGGAAUCAACGACUCCGAAGUCGAGAACGUCGACGAGCAGUCGCAAUAAAGCUGGAAAUUCGGGUGGUGGAGAAUCAAGGACAACAACGGCAAGCCGUGGCAGAUUUGGUUCAUCGAGAGGUAAACCUGUUCAAGAAGAGGUCGAGGAAACGCAACAAGAAGAAAUCCAAGUUAAACCUAAACCUUAUCGUAGGGGAUAGAUAUCGAAAGGUUUUUAAGGAUCAUAAGAAAAGAAAGA